AUGCGGACCCCGGCAGCGGGGAGGCCCCACCGGGAGCGCCUCGAGGGCCCUCUGAGACAGACCUGUGCCUGGGGCCCGGCCCCACAGACGCCGUUCCCCGGGGGCCACACCUGCCCAACUUUGGCUCCAGCUCCGUCCACCCCGGGCGGCCUGGGCUGCCCGCGCCCUCCCCCUGGCCACAGCUGGCACUGCCCCGCGGGGGUGUCUCCUGGAGGCCGCUUUUCCCAGAGGCGACCCCGGGGAGGCCAGCAGCCCCAGAAGCCUCUCCGCUCCUCCUGGUUCCUCCUCAGCCAGGAUCCAUCUUCAGCACCCACCCUGGAAAGCUCUGGGAGCCAGCGUUUCUCCCUGGGACUAAUCCCCCACCCGCCCCACGGGCACAGUCCCUGCAAAAAGCCCCUCCCCGUCUCCCAGCCCAAUGCUAGAUCCUAUUAUUGGGGGGUCAGGGAUGAGGGGGUGCCCCAAGUCACGGAUCCCCAGGGUCUCCGUUCCAAAGGGCUGGCUUCGCGAGCCUCCCUCUAUUCGCCACAGCUGAGCGGGGCUGAGAACACAGAUGAGGGCAGAGGCUGGGAGAGGGAACCCCAGAGCCUGGAGGAGAAAGUGACGGCACAGCCCCCGGGGGAGGGAAGCAGGCCCGGGGCUCCGGGCGCUUUCCCCUCCGACUCUGUCCCCCCUGCCUCGUGCCGGUCAGCCCGAAAAUCUGACCCCGACCGGGCGCGCAGCCCUGCCCCCGAACCAGGUAAGGGGGCCGGGAGUCGGCCCCGGAGGACGCCAAGCAGCCCCCAUCGGUGUGUGGCGGGGGAUGGAGGCGAUCAGAGGCGCCCCAGCCCGUCGGAGCACCCCCCGGCUGCGGCCCCGGCGCCCCCAGCUCCCGGGAACCUGGAGGGGGAGCGCUCGUGUUGGCAAAGUCCCCCGAGCCCUCCCCCGCGAGACUCCGCCUGCCUCCCCCGCCCCGGUCCCCGAUCAGCCCUCUCUCGGGUCGUCUCCGGGGCUGCCGGGACCCGGGUCCCCAGCUUAGAGCCGCCCCCCCCCCCAGCACACGCCACCGCCCUGGUGGCCCAGGGUGGGCGCGGGGAAGGAAGGGAACUCCGCGGACAGCCUGGGGGCGCCCCGUGGGAUCCCUCAUCCCCGCCCCUGCCCGAUCGGUCCAGUACCUGGUCUGGGCUGCGCCGGGAGCCGCUGCAGCGCCCAGCGCGGGCUCCAUCCCGCUCGGGCUCAGAUCUCUCGUCUUCCUCCUCCUCCUCCUCGGCCCCUCCUCCUCCUGCGCCUCCGUGCGCCCCUUACCGGCCCCUCUCCAUGACUCGGGGGCGCACGCAAGCCCCGAGCGGGUCGCCCCCGGGCUCCUGGUUCGCCGGGGCCCGCCGGGGUGGGCGGCUACGCCGGGAGCUGGGAUCCGAGGGCCGGGAGCCGGGAGCCUCCACUGCCGCAGCCGCAGCCGCCUCGGGAGCAGGGAGGGCCCGGGCGCGCCGCAGCGCCCGGCGUCUGCAGGAGAGAGCAGGGACAGCCCCGCUGUCCGAGCCCUCGGCCGGCCGCGCAGCAGCAGCGCCGCAGCCGCCUGCCCGCCUGCCCGUCCGCCUGCGCGCCUCCGGUCCGGGAGCCGAGAGCUUCGGCCGCCCGAGCAGCAGCCAAAGCGACCGGCGGGCGGGCGGGCGGGCGGGCACUGCGGGUCCCAACUCCGCCCCUUCGCCGGCCGGCUCCCCCCACUCCCUCCCUCCUUCCUUCCUCCACCUUCCCCACCCCUCGAGGCCCCCAGAGCUGAGCUGA